AUGGGGAAGCAGUGCAGUGUAUGGUGGACCAUAUGGUUGCGGCUGGUGAACGUGCGCAUAUCACCAACCCGCUCUUGCUGCACCGUGGUCGGCAAGUUACCAACGGAUCAACAGUUGCGUUGGUCGCAUCACAUCCGCGGAAUGACAUCGGUGGAUCUGUCCACAUUCAGCGACUACAUGGAGGAUUUGGCCGAAGACGCUGCGAGGCUGACGACGAUUGACUCUCCUUCAGUGCGCGGGACCAGCAAGGGAAGGCCUACGAAGGGCUACGUCCACGCACACGUGGAUCCAGAUGGAGCGACAACGUCCAGCGCGGCUGAAAGGCGGUGUGUAUCCUGUAACGUCGCGGGUCAUGUAUUGUCGACAUGCACUAAUUUUCGAGGACUGCCGGUAAAGGAUCGAUGGAGGCGAGCGCGUGAGCUAUCGGUGUGCUUUAGCUGCCUGGAGAAGCACAAUUGGCGAUCGUGCAAAAAUCGCUCUCGUUGUGAAAUCAACGAUUGUGCAUUCCGACAUCACGCGCUUCUACACGACCCGGAUGCAUCAAUAGAGUCGCCUUCUACUGCAGAUCGAGAACGGCGGCACUUCCCGAGAACCAGUGGAAGUCAGACGCACCAGGUAAUAAAUAAUUAUCAUCAGUCGAAUCCGAUGUCGGCGCUUUUUAGAAUCGUUCCAGUAACAGCGUAUGGACCCGGAGUGAUGAUAAAAACCUUCGCGUUCCUGGACGAAGGUUCGUCAAUGACGCUGAUGGACGAAGACCUGGCAAAGCAGUUAGGGGUGAAGGGAGAUAGACGACCUCUAUGUAUCAAGUGGACAGGUGAUACGGCUAGGGUCGAGCCGGCGUCGAUGAUGAUCGAUUUUCAGAUCGGACCUGUGACGUCGACAAAAAGGUUCACCCUGAAAGCUGUGCGGACUGUCACCAGCCUAAGCCUCCCACAGCAAACUUUCACGAUGGAUGACGAGAGAUGGGACCAUCUUAAGCAACUGCCAUUACCGGAGUACCGUGAUGCUCGGCCACAGUUGUUGAUCGGGCUGGACAACCUUCGAUUGGCGGUGCCACUGAAGACGCGUGAAGGCCUAGCAGGGGAACCGGUUGCCGUAAAGACUCGGCUUGGAUGGUGCGUGUACGGAAAGACGGCUGGAAGCCAAAUCGGAAGGGUGCUGCAUAUGUGCGAGUGUGGAGCAUCGGACGAAAACUCCACCAUCCAGGGGGCCUUACGCAAGUUUUAUGAGUUGGAGCAACUCGGGACUGUCUCUAGUGACGUGUCUGAUCCAGAUGAACGAAGGGCACUGACGAUCCUGGAAACAACGACGGUGCGGAUUGGUAAUCGGUUUGAAAGCGGUCUGUUGUGGAAGACAGACAACGUGGAGGUUCCUUCGAGCUUGGGUAUGGCGCGUCGCAGGCUAGAAUGCCUGGAAAGAAGGAUGGAACGUGACCCUAAGCUGAAAACCGUGGUGCACCAUCACAUAGCCGAUAUGAUGGAAAAGGGGUACAUCCACAAGGCGACGUCUGCUGAACUUGCCGAGAGUAAUUCGAAGCUAAUUUGGUACCUGCCGUUGGGAGUGGUUACCAAUCCGAAGAAGCCAGGGAAAGUGCGCAUCAUCUGGGACGCCGCUGCUAAGGUACAAGGUACGUCCCUAAAUGACAUGUUGCUGAAGGGGCCGGACGAGUUAAUUUCUUUGCCAGGGGUGCUGUUCCGGUUUCCAAUGUACGGGAUAGCGGUGUGCGCGGAUGUCAAGGAAAUGUUCCUGCAAAUACGCAUGCGCGACGAAGACAAGCAAGCGCAGCGGUUCCUGUGGCGUAAAGAUCCGGCCGACGACAUCGCAACGUAUUUCGUGGACGUUGUUACCUUUGGGUCAGCCUGCUCCCCAGCCACCGCGCAAUACGUGAAAAACCGGAACGCCAAGGAACAUGCCGAGAAAUACCCUCGUGCCGUACGUGGCAUCUUGACCACCACGUAUGUCGACGACUAUUUGGAUAGUUUCGGAACACUCGAAGAAGCCAGUCGAGUAUCCAGAGAAGUCAGGGGAAUCUUCUCAAACGGCGGGUUCGUACUCCGGAACUGGGUUUCCAACAAUCCGGUUGUUUUGGAACGGCUGGGCGGCGAAAGCUCCAGUCCCGGUAUGAAGAGUUUGACCUCUACGGCGGAUGAUGGAGAACGGGUGCUCGGAUUGCGGUGGAACCCGAGCUCGGACCAAUUGUCCUUUUACACGCAGGCGUGUGUGGGAAUGGCUGAGAUAUUUGAGACGGAGUGUACCCCUACCAAGCGAGAAGUGCUCAAAUGCGUGAUGUCCCGGUCAAAUGCGAGAUUGGCGUAG